CAUGACUGUGAUGUCAAGGAAGGUCCUUUAGGCCCCCGGAAUCCACCAUCUCCGUUCGGCAAGGCGGAGCAGGAGCGGUGAGCACUCGGCCGCCUCAGUUAUAAGAAGAGUCUGCCGCAGCUCAGGAAUAUCGAGAACUAUACAGCACGUGCGCAACAUUACGUGAACUAGAUUCCCUGCACCGGCUGCGACCGAUAGAGGGUGAAUUUCUGAAACCUCCGCAAGCUAUCCAAUUUUGACCUCGUGUGGACCUGCUUCUUCCCUUCAGCACAAGCCUGAGAAGGUCCCUUUUCAUUUCUCCAUCUUCUGGAGCGUUCCUUGUAAUUUUGUCUUCAGGAAAUGGCCGGGAGAGGAGCAGCGAGGCCAAACGGUCAGUCUCAGGCCAGUAAGAUCUGUCAGUUUAAGUUGGUAUUGCUCGGCGAAUCUGCGGUCGGCAAGUCAAGUCUGGUUCUACGUUUCGUCAAAGGACAGUUUCAUGAAUUCCAGGAGAGCACAAUAGGAGCUGCAUUUCUUACACAGUCUGUUUGUCUGGAUGACACUACGGUAAAAUUUGAGAUCUGGGAUACAGCAGGGCAAGAACGGUAUCACAGCCUGGCACCCAUGUACUAUCGGGGAGCACAAGCUGCAAUUGUGGUGUAUGACAUCACCAACCAGGAGACAUUUGCCAGAGCCAAGACAUGGGUUAAAGAGCUGCAGAGACAAGCCAGUCCAAACAUUGUCAUAGCCCUUACUGGCAACAAGGCUGACCUCACUAACAAGCGUAUGGUGGAGUAUGAAGAAGCCCAGGCGUAUGCAGAUGACAACAGUCUGUUAUUUAUGGAGACAUCCGCCAAGACAGCCAUGAAUGUCAAUGAUCUGUUUCUUGCAAUAGCUAAGAAGCUGCCAAAAAAUGAGCCCCAGAACACAAGUGGGGCUCCUGGUCGGAGCCGGGGUGUGGAUCUCCACGAGCAGACACAGCAGAACAGGAGCCAGUGCUGCAGCAAUUAAUCGCGGAGACUGGAGAGCGAGAGCAAAGGGGAUUCAAGAUAAGAUUAUAACCUCUCUUCCUGCACCUGCCCUUUCACCCUCCAGAAAUACAACUUAACACCUUUCCAGCACCUCACUCUUCUGCCAAGACUUUCCCUUCUGCAUCCCUUCCUCCCCCCUCACCAGUGGAUAACGGCACACACUUGGAAACAACGCGAGCAUCUUGAAACUUCCCCUUUCCACCCCUACACCACUGCAGCCCCGAGAUCUCCCUGCUAACUGCACUGUUGUGGGUUUUAAUUUUUGUUUUAACGCUUCCAACAAACACACACAGACUUUUCUUGGUGACGCAGUAAGGAUUGCAUCUUCUGGGGACCGCGCCCUCUCAGCAGAGCAAACAAGAAAAGAAGCAAAAAACAAAAACUGAUUCUACUUUGUAUUAUAGCUGCAUAUAGUGACUUUAAUAUUGAUUUUUGUUUUUGGUUUCAUGUAGGUCCCCCUUCACCCACCUACUACUUAUCUUCUACCCACCACCUACCUUCUGCUUUCUUGAAUUUCUCUUCUGUUUUACAGCACUCUGUAGAUCUUCAGACAUGGAAGAAGCCUCACAUGACUUGCUGCAGUACUUGUGUACUUUUUAAUUUCUUGUUUGCUUCGCCUGUCAAAUGCAUUAUUAGUGUGCCUGGACAACUCUAGCUGGUAAAUUAUCCUUUCACCUUCCUCUUAGAUGUAGUCAGAAGAACAAUUUCAUGGGUUGUGUACAUGUGAAAAGUUUUAAGGUGAACAUUUGAGAUUUGCCUUUUACUGUAGGCAUGGCCAGGGGCGAGUAUGCCUUCUAUUGAUGGGCAUUGCGUGGUUAGUCCAGGCAGGUAAUGCAGUGGUCUUUCAUGAUGCAGUAAAAAUCAAACCUUGGCUGGUGGCCUAGAGGGAAUUCUAAUUUGUGUCUGGAAUUUAAAGCACAUCAAAUGGUUUACAGGAUCUUCAUCUGGAUUAUGGGAGCGCUCUGGGUCACAGUCGUCAAAACACUUUUAGCCGUUCGGUUUUCAGGGAUUUUAUAUACCAUCAAAGUUUUCCAUCCUUAGCACAGCAGAUCCAGCUGCCUCUAUUGUCAUGCUUGUGAUUUACUCUGAUAUAAGGAUGUUUGAGUGCUGUAUAACAGUGGAGGGAGCCCCAUCAAUAUGUACCCGGUGGGCAGAGUGACAGAUGGAUUUCCAGCCUGGAGACAACGUACCUACUUGGCUACAAGUUCUGAUGCAGCUUGGCCAUGGUCAGCAGAACCAGACACACAUCAUUUAUUUAACAAUCACUCAAUAACUCACUUCAAGCUAUGUAACCGUAGAGAAGGUAGUCCCUAAGUCACCAUUUCCUCCAUCGCUGAAGAGGUUUCCUACAAUGGUUACUAUUCUCCUUGCUGCUCUACAAGUUCCAUGCAAACCUGUGUAUUUAGUGUUGCCUACUUCAAGGGCAGCGUGCACUUUAGUUCUCAAGUGUGGAAAGGUUGUUCUUCUGUUAAUUUACGCAUAUUUUCAGAUUUCUGUAUAUUAAAGAGGUUUUCCGAUUUGUCCUAAAAUCUUCACAUUGCCACUAAAUGCCUUAAAAUAAAAUAAAACUCCUAUACACAACUGUUUCUCCUCCACCAUUCUCUGGUCCACCUUCAACUGUUUGUAUACAAGGCUGCAGCGGCGACAUGGCGCUAUACGGCACAAGACCGCUAAGGAGAGUGGUUGGCUGCAGUGGUCACAUGCCAAAUACCUGCACAUUGCCACUGCAGCCUUGUAUACAACCAGAAAAUAGAGAACGCAGAGAAUGGUAGGAGAAUAUAGCAUGUUUUUUAAUAAAGGCAUUUAGUGGCGUUGGGUAGAUUUUAGGAUUAUUUGGACAACCCUGUUUAUUGGAUUCAGUGUUUCACGAUCAUGUAGCAAGUGGACUGAUUGCACCACAUUUAUUACCGCUCAUCCGCUCUCUUAGGAAUUGUAAUUAUAUUCUCUCACAUCAUAGCAUACAACCAUUGAUUUAACCACUCUUUACCCUGACAAGGAGAUUCUGCUGACUGAGACAUCUUGGGCCACAAUGUACCAAAUCUGACUCAUAAGGUUCUCUUAAGUCUUAUCUAUACACCAGUUGGCAUGGCAGGUAUGUGCCUUCCUGUGUGUGUGUGUGUGUUUAAGUGUUCUUACUCAUUCAUGUCGGUGGCUUCAUGGAUUGCCAGUUUUCUCUUGAAAUGUGCCUUCCUUCCAUCGGUGGACAGGACUGUGGUUAGGGUGUACUCUGUAAAUGCCUUGCCAUAUGUGAGAGGGCUUGACAGCACAUGAAUGACAAAGGUUUAGGAGAUAUUGUAAGGGUUUAUUCACAUGCAGCGGAUCUGUUGCAGAAAUUUUGGAAAAAUCUGAAAGGGGCUUGCAGAAAACAAUGUUCAGAUGUAAAGAACGGAUUUUCAGUUCUGCAACGAAUUCAUGUGAAUAUUUCCAAACGGUCCGCAUUGGUGUGAUGUGGAUGUUCUGCAAUCCUUUUUUUUUAUUUCUUUUAUUUUUUACGGUUUCUAAUCCUGCGGUUGGAAAUGAAAAAAAUAAAAGAAAAAGAUUUGUAACAUUUUAUUGUAUUUUCAUCCAUAGUUGCUGUAUUGUAGAGUGUAAUUCAUCUCUACAGACAGUGAACAUUCUUAUGCGCAUUUGACCUUUUUUUAUUUUAUUUUAAUUUUUUAUAUAUAAAUAAAUUUGCCACUUUUGUGCAAUGCUAAUAAUCAAUGAUUGUUUUCCAGCACCGCCGCAAUGUUGAACCCCAAGGCUGUGUCCACACGAAAAUUCUACUGCGUUUUUCUUCCGGUGGUUCCCCAGCAAAAAAAACAUGUAUUGCCACGGAAAUGACUCUGAACUUUACCUUUUCCAUCCACAGGAGAUUUCUCCUCCACAGAAAAAAAAAAUCUCAUCCACUUUGCUGGUACUGUACAAUGCUGCUGAUGUGCUGCAUGAAAAUUCAUGGCAGCAGAGCCACAGCAUUUCAGUCACGUGAACAUAGCCUAAGGGUCUCCAUAGCGAGCGCCGGUCAACAAUAUCCAAGUCGAUUGGUGCUUAUUACUUUCAGCUUCACUUUAUAGUGAUCUGAUCCCCGGUUUACCCUACCUGUGCUGCUUACAAGGAUUUUAUUUUAUUUUUUUUAAAGAAAUUAUCGGCCCGUUUAAGGCUGGGUUAUGGCGCAGUUUUGAUGCAUUUUUGGACCCACCAGGAAACCGUGGUUUCACCACUUCAUUACCAGCUGAUGUCAGCAGUAGUUUCAUCUGUUGAAAACUCAUCAGCUGGUAACGCCGUACUGAAGGGGGUGGUCCAGUCAUCAAUACCAGAUCGGCAGACACCCCGGGACCCCUGCUGAUGAGCUGUUUGAAUUGACUGCAGCGCUCAUACAAGUGCCGUCCCGAAUGGUGUAAUUACACUGCCAGCCGCUGCAAUGUUGACGGCGAGCAGGUAAACAAGCGCUGCAGUCUCUUCAAACAGCUGAUCUGGUUGUCGGACCCUGCUGAUCAGAUAUUGAUGACCUAUCCUGAGGAUAGGUCAUCCUUAUAGGAAACCGGACAACCCCUGUAAGCUGCAUGCAUUUUUCUGAAUUUUCAAAAACGCAUCAGAAUGGCCUUCACACUACAAUAGUAUAUGAAGCUCUACGCAUCACAUGGACUGAAUGUGAGCAACACAAAAAAGUCUCAUCAGAUAUGAUGCUCUGUCGCCAGAGUUCAUCUUUAGAGCCUCUCUGUGUAGGAUCUCACAAACCAUCGAUGUCCCAUUAAUUAAUCAAAUCGUCAGAUGUUUUUUUAUUUUUUUGUAUUUGCUGCAAGGUUGCUAUCAGCCUACGCUAAGGUAACUCUCUAACCACAAUAACCAUCCGUAGUGCUGUCAGCCUAAACUUCCUUUGGACAGAGAUCAUAUCUGUUUUGGAGCUUGUGCGCCAGUUACCGACUGAUCAGCGUUUGUACAUGUAUCUUGAUGGUAGCCAUUUUGAAUGCUUUACCAAAAAUGGUUGCCUCUACUGCGUAGGACAUAGCUACUAUUGAUGCAUCCCUGUAUCACUGUAAUGUGCGCUUAGAGAUGCCCUGUGCUGUUGGGAAGCCGCUGAGGGUAUAGUGACGGUAUGUAGGAAGCAGCAAGUCCUCCUGCCUGUGGAAGAUGUAAGUUGGCCGGUGAGAUUUUAAACUUUUAAUAAUUAUUGCAUCUGAUUGAAAAGUGAUAUUUAUUUUUUACUGUGGCGUUCCAUAAAAUGCAGGCAAUGUAGAGCAUUGAUUUCAUUGUUUCUGUAAAGCCAGGCUUUAGCUGAACGCCAUCAGUCAGUGGCUCAUACUCACUUCAGAGAAGAUCAAAUGACUGCUGUGUGGGACAACCGAGAUAUUGAUGUUGUGCUUGUCCUUUUUUCAAUGUCCGGAUGAAGAACCAUUGUUGUACUAAUGCAGUCAGCUUCACCUUGAUUCCCUGUCUGCGUAUGGGUGAAACCUGGACCAAGUUGGUACAUUGCAGCCCCGAAAGAGAUAAUUUCCUCCAUUUUAAUGUGCAUUUUCUUUUUUUUGUCUUAUUUGCAUUAAGAAACUUCAGUUGUAACCAUAAUGGACAUCUCCCCUGAUCUACCAAUGUAUUUAAUGUAAGUAAAAACGACGACUGUGUGUGUAUAAUAAAUGAACUUGGCUUCUUA